UUGAAAAGGACACAUUAGGCUCGUCGUCUCCGCCCAAACUCCGAGCCUCGGGGCCAAAAUCUCACGAAGUCUGAUCUCCGUGCGCGCGAGAGAGCGAGUGCGGCUCAUGGCAACUAAAACGAAACAGCAAAGGUAGUAGAAUGGGAGAUAGCAAAGUAAAGAUCAGCAAAGCACUUUCUUGGUUGCUCCGUCACGGGGCAGCGAAAGAAGGCUUGGAACUGUUGCCCGGAGGUUGGGCAAAGCUUGAUGAUGUCCUCAAGAAACCCAAAUUCAAGAGAGUGACAGUGCAAGAUAUUGAAGAUAUUGUAAUCAGCUGUCCCAAGCAAAGAUUUGGUCUAAAGGAAGAAGAUGGUGUCUUUUACAUUAAAGCUAACCAAGGGCAUUCAAUACAGGUAGAAGAUCCAGAGUUGACAGAAAUCACUCUUGAGGACAGGGUGCUAGAGGUAGUCCAUGGGACAUAUUACCGCCAUUGGCCUAGCAUCAGGGAGCAGGGUCUGAGUCGCAUGAACCGGACCCAUAUUCAUUUUGCCCCAGGUUUACCAGGAGACUCGGCUGUCAUAAGUGGCAUGCGCUCAUCCUGCCAGCUGUACAUCUGGAUCAAUUUGCCCAAGGCACUGGAGGAUGGUUUUAAAUUCUUCAAGUCUGCAAACAAUGUGAUAUUGUGUCCAGGGAAUGAAGAGGGAUUUUUGCCUCCAAAAUACUUUGCAAAAGCUAUAGAUAAGAGAACAGGUGGAGACCGCCUUUAAAGAACACAGCAGGUAUUACUCCCAAGUGUUUUGUGAAUCAGUUGAGAGAAAUGAACCAUGAGUGACUGAAAUCAACAAAGUGAAAGUGUUAUACAGUAAAAGAAUCUUUCAUGUUGUAAUUUCUAAAAAGGAUUUUUUUUUU